AUGGAUUCCCAAUCUUCUACCACUCCUUCGCCCUCAUACCCAAUUAUCGACUCCCACAUCCACCUCUUCCCCCAAAGCGAACUCGAUACUCUCGCCUGGAAUACCCCCUCAAAUCCUCUCUACAAACAACAUUCUCUCGAUGAAUACACGGCUGCUACAUCAUCUGCUCCUUCACUUGAAGGAUUUAUAUUUCUCGAAACCGACCGCAAGAAUGAUUUGAAAAGCGGAGAAGAGGAUGGUUCGGGUUGGGAAAUGCCACUUAAGGAAGUUUCAUGGCUGAAACGAAUUGCGUUGGGUCAACCUCUCGAAGGUGAAGGGCAUACUGCCGAGCAGGCGAAGCUUUGCAAGGCUAUUGUGCCAUGGGCGCCUGUACCCAGUGGAGAAAAGGUGUUGGAGAGAUAUGUUAAGGAGGUUGAGAGGGUGGCAGAAGGGAGUUGGAAGUUGGUGAGGGGGUUUAGAUAUUUGGUGCAGGAUAAGGAGAGGGGGACUAUGAUCUCGGAGAAAUUUAUAGAAGGGUUGAAGUGGCUGGGGAAGAAUGGGUUUGUGUUUGAUUUAGGGGUUGAUUUACAUUCUGGUGGGAGAUGGCAAUUGGAAGAAGCGGUGCAGAUGAUGGAGAAAGCUCAUGAGGGAGUGGAGGAGAAAGAAAAAGUUCGGGUUAUUAUUAAUCAUCUCUGCAAACCUGACUUCUCAAUCUACAAUACCCAAACCGAUCCAUCAUUCCUCGCUUGGCGCACUGCCAUGUUCAAACUCAGCAAAUACAGUAAUACAUAUAUGAAACUCAGCGGAUGUUUUUCAGAAAUGCCAGAUGCUUUGAAGAAGGGUCCUAUAGAUGAUAUUGUUAUGGCAUUGCAACCAUAUUUAGCGGUGAUUUUUGCUACAUUCGGACCUUUUAGGACUAUGUUUGGAUCUGAUUGGCCGGUGUGUACAGUUGGGGUUGAAGGGGCUUGGGAGAAGUGGAGGGAUGUGGUCAUGAGGUUUUGCUAUCUGGCUAGUUUGAGUAGGGAAAAUCAGAUUAUGAUUUGGAGUGGCACGGCGAUUAAAGCGUAUAAUAUUGGAGAGUGA